AAUACAUUGUCAUGAGCACACUAUUGAGUUUAUCAAAACAGAGGGAGUAUUGAUUUAAAAACCCUUACCAAAUUUGUGUCCGCAAAUCUGCCGCGUGACAAUAUUUGAUCCUUUUGCAAAAUUACUCUCUCUGCCCUUGUCGCAUAUUCCAUCCCACCAUCGCUGAAUAAACUCCUCACAGUAAUAAAAUAAAAAAUAUAUAUAAAAAAAAACCUCCAUUGCAAUUCCAAGUCCAGACUUCUCCGCCUCUAUUUCUUUCACACAACUUCUUCUUCUCUUCUCCCUUCAAAUACCCGUAAAAAUUUGUCCUUUAAUUUUUUUUUUAAUAAUACUUCAUAAUUUUAAUGGCUAUUUCGUGUUCUGAAGAAUCAUCGUCUAUGAUUUGUUCUUCAAUUUUGAGUUGGUCGCAUUCAAUCAAUUAUCCGUCGUUGUUUAAGUCUUCUUCUAUCAAUUUAGAUCAGCUUUCUUGUACUUGUUUCUGACACUCUAACUCUCCCUCCGCUGCCGCCGUCGUUAGAUUUUUUCCUGUUUCAAUGGGAAAGCGCAAUUCAAAUCGUAAGAACGCAGCAGCAAUGCUGGAUAGCGACGAUACAGAUAGUGUAAGCUCGUCGUCUUCGGUCCGUUCUGAUCUUGUUUCAGUUGGGGUUGGUGCGGAGGUAGAAAAGGAUAGCUUAUUGGAUCAAUGUCUUGAUGCUUUGUUUGAGAAAAGGGGUUCAACAAGAGAGAAGGCUUUGGAAUCUAUUAUUGAAGCGUUUAGUCAAAACUUACAGCAUGAAUUCGUCGAAAAGAAAUUUGCGACUCUGCUUCAUCAGUGCCUGAAUUCUAUUAAAAAGGGCUCUGGGAAGGAGACAAUUUCGGCGUCUCAGGCUAUUGGUCUAUUGGCAUUGACAACUGGCCUAGGGAAUAAUGCACGAGAAAUACUGGAGGAAUCAAUCCCUACAAUAUCUCAGGCUCUCAGGUCAAGAGCUGAAUCAUCAAAAGUUGCAGCGUUGGUAGAUUGUUUGGCUGUUAUCACCUUUAUUGGUGGGGAAGAGCCUGAGGAAACAGAGCGGUCAAUGCAGAUAAUGUGGCAAGUUGUUCAUCCCAAAUCGAGUACUAAUGUAGUGGCAACUAAAGCUUCACCAGCUGUCAUCGUAGCAACAGUAUCAGCGUGGUCAUUUCUCCUCACUACAAUUAAUUCAUGGAGUCUAAGCUUGAAGGAUUGGCAAGAGUCCAUUUCUUAUUUGUCUACUCUGUUGGAUAAGGAUGAUCGUGCUGUACGCAUUGCAGCUGGUGAAGCACUGGCUGUGAUAUUUGAUGUCGGAGAUUUUGAAAGUUAUUCUGGUGAAAAAAAUGGUUCCAGUGGAGACACGGAGAAUGCUAUUAAAGAAGGCUAUAUACACUUAAAAGGAUUGAAAGGCAAAGUCUUGAAUCAAGUACGAGAUCUUGCUUCUGAGGCUGGUGGCAAAGGAGCAGCUAAGAAAGAUCUUAAUAACCAAAGGAACUUGUUCCGCGAUCUUUUGGAUUUUUUGGAGGAUGGUUAUUCUCCUGAAUCCUCAACAAAGAUUGGUGGUGAGACUUUAACCACAUCAUCAUGGUCAGAGCUUAUUCAGUUAAACUUUCUCAAACAUUUCCUUCGUGGAGGAUUUGUAAAGCAUAUGUUGGAAAAUGGAUUUUUGCAUGAUGUCUUUGGAUUUACGCCAAAGAAAAAGAUUUUGGGCAGCGAAGAUUAUUCAAUGGAUAAAUUAAAUGAGAAGAGAUUGUACAAGUCACCAAAUUCUGCACUUGCCAAAGCACGAACACAGUAUAUGAAUAAGCAGCGGAUGAUGUUACAGGAUAGGAAGGCGGGUCAUUUUGCUGUCGCUGCUGAGGAAGAAUAAAUUACCCCGCAAAUCUCUUGUAAAUAGCAGGGGGAUUAUUCUGGUGAUCAGUUCACUCAUUUGUCACCUUCAUAUGAAAUCUUAGCAUAUCUCAUUGUGGCUUAAACCAUUGAAAAAUUUAUUCUUGUGUGUAUUGUUAGAUUCUCAAUUUGUGAUUUAUUGGAUAGAAUUGGUGGUUAUUGUAAAACUUUUGAUAGAUCGUGUGGAAUUCGGCAGAAGUUUUAUUGUGUUUGAAUAAUAGUGGUUUUUUUUUGGUCUUUUGGCUAUUUCACAAUUGCUGUUUGCGGUAUAGUUUGGUGUGGUUUUGCACGGGCCGGCCCAUUUUCUCUUAUUGAGAAACAAUAUUGUUUCUCAAAAUGGCACAAUAGUAAAUAUAACCAAUUAUGUUAA